AUGGCUUCGGUGGAGUUGGCGCUGACUUUCAGGCCUUCAGACAGACUAACUAACCGUGCUUCUUUGCUCAUAGCCAAUGCCCGCAGGCCAAACCGCAAAGGGCUGAGGAACGACCGGGACAAGCCUCUACCCCCACUGUUGGCCAGGGUUGGUGGGAACAUCGAGGUGCUGGGAUUCAACGCACGGCAGAGGAAGGCUUUCUUAAAUGCAGUGAUGCGUUAUGGGAUGCCUCCCCAAGAUGCCUUUACUAACCAGUGGCUGGUCAGAGACCUACGAGGAAAGUCAGAGAAAGAAUUCAAGGCCUAUGUGUCUCUGUUCAUGCGUCACCUUUGUGAGCCGGGGGCCGACGGAGCCGAGACGUUUGCUGACGGCGUCCCUCGGGAGGGUCUGUCAAGACAGCACGUGCUCACUCGCAUCGGUGUGAUGUCACUCAUACGGAAAAAGGUGCAGGAGUUUGAACAUGUGAAUGGUCAGUGGUCGAUGCCCUGGAUGGCCGAGUUGGAGGAAAACAAAAGAGCCGCAGCUUUGGCUGCAGGAGAAGACCCAAAGACUCCUUCCACAGGGACCCCUGCAGACACACAGCCCAACACUCCUGUGCCGGAGGAUUUGUCUAAGUCAGAGGACAAGGAAGACACGAAGAAGGAGGGAGAGGAUGGCAAAGCUGCUAAGAAGGCAGAUGAUCCAGAGGAGGACAGAGAGAAGGAGACAGAUGGAGUUGAAGGGAAAGAGAAAGAAGCUGAAGACCUGAGCAAAGAGAAAGAGGAGAAGUCUGUGGAGAAGGACGCUUCUGCCGACAUCAAGGGUGAAGGUUCAGAGAGCAAGACUGAUUUAGUGGAGAGCAGGUCUAGAGCUGACGAAGGCAAAGAUGAGAAAAUGGAAGCUGCAGAGGAGAAAAAAGAACAAAAAGAGGAGAAGGACAGUGUGAAACCAGACGAGUCUGGCAAACUGCAGAAUGGAGAGAACGCCAAAGACGGAGGAACAGCUGCACCUGUGGUUAAUGUCAGUGAAGAGAAGAAGAAAGCCACCAAGCAGAGGUUCAUGUUCAACAUCGCUGACGGAGGAUUCACAGAGCUUCACUCUCUGUGGCAGAAUGAGGAGAGAGCAGCUACCGUCACCAAGAAGACCUUUGAGAUUUGGCACCGCCGCCAUGACUACUGGCUGCUUGCUGGCAUCAUACAACACGGCUACGCUCGGUGGCAGGAUGUGCAGAACGACGUGAGGUUUGCCAUCCUCAAUGAGCCCUUCAAAGGGGAGAUGAGCAGAGGCAACUUCCUAGAGAUCAAGAACAAGUUUCUGGCCCGCAGGUUCAAGUUACUCGAGCAGGCGCUCGUGAUCGAAGAGCAGCUGCGCAGGGCGGCCUACCUGAACAUGACAGAGGACCCGGCUCACCCCUCCAUGGCCCUAAACACACGUUUCAGUGAGGUGGAGUGUCUCGCCGAGUCCCACCAGCAUCUCAGCAAAGAGUCAAUGUCUGGAAACAAGCCUGCCAAUGCAGUGCUGCAUAAAGUUCUCAAACAGCUCGAGGAACUGCUGAGCGACAUGAAGGCCGACGUCACCCGUCUCCCAGCUACCAUCGCCAGGAUACCCCCCGUGGCCGUGCGGCUACAAAUGUCCGAGAGGAAUAUCCUCAGCCGAUUGGCCAGCCGGGGCCCCGAGGUCACCGCUCAGAACCAAUCACAGACCGCACAGCAGAUGCAGGUGCCGCGCUGACCAAUCCCAUCGCACAUUUCACACUCCCCAAACGAGGCCAGUCGCACACACCUCACCGCCAUGUAGCAGAAUUCUUCCCCCUCAGCCACCAUGUACAGCACAGUCAGGUUAGUACUUCUUCCUCUGCACCCACAACCCAUCUCCGGACUCAGAAGAGCAUCAGCUGUGCUGCUGGACUUUAUUUUGAAAAGACUGGGACUGUAGAUGUAGGGCGGGAGCGAAUGUAAGAAUCGGUUCUCUUUCUUUGCGGCAGACUAGAUACAGAUGUCUUUCUUCUCCACUGGGAAUCAGAUUGAACCCCUCUGUCCUGAACACUGAACUGACCUGUCCUUCCAGCAGGAUCUAACAUGUGUGUGUAACUAUAUGUAUAAUGAAGCAGAAGAAGCUUAGACCGGAGGGAAAGCAGCAUGUUUGGAGUAUACUGGUGCUUUGUGGUAACUUUUGGAUUAUUCCAGACUUCAAGGGAUUUUAUUGUGCUUGUUUUCACCUUUAGGAAAUUGUGAAAUUUUUGUUUGUAUGUUCUUUUUUAGAAGUCAUUUAACUCUAAUGUCCUCAUCUGUAUGUGUGCAGAGUGAAGGUGUGUGUGUUUUCUUGUAUGUAUGUGUGUGUUAAACAGGGCAUAGUGGCGUGCAUCUCUACUGCAGAAUGCCUCGACACUGAGAGGGUGUUCCUGUCACUUUUGUAUCAGUCAGUCAGAUCUGUUACCUCUUCUUCCGUCCUUCUCAAACUCUUGCCUGGUCCGACGAGUGACCCAGUCGGGGAUCAACUCUUUGUGCUCACAAACCCAAACAGCACCAUGACAUUCCUAACUGCACCACAGAUUUGCUUCAUGGGAAGUCUCCUGUAAUACAAACUCGCAAUAGCUCCCCAGCUUUUUAGGUACAUGGGAUGGUGUUGAGGUUGAUGGCAAUCUUAAAUUAAUUUAAUUUCUUACUGUCUAUUGUUAUGUUGUUUUCCAUUAUUGAAUAUUAUUAUUAUGGUUACCACCCUGUUGUUUUUAUCAUUGCUGUUU